GUCGCAUCUCUUCCUCGGUUCCUCCGGUGGUCAACUCUGACCUCUGAUUCCGCGCCCACUCCCCACUGCCACUGCCAGCCCAGUCAGCUCCACCGCCCCCGAUCUGGCCGCCCGCCGCUGCUCCCGAGAGCGGCCGGAACCCCAGAGCUUUGCCGGCGGCGCAUGGAUCCCGCCGCCUCGUCCGUGGCCGCCGAGCUCUGGCGGCCGCCGCACCACCACCUCGCUUCCGGCCCCCAACACGAGGCCUCUUCCGUCGUCACCGCCGCCGACCUGGGCAACUGCGGCCGCUCCGGCGGCGGCUCCAGCCGCAGGAGGCCGCGGCGCGAGCGCGACGCGCCGCCCGAGGAGGAGCCGGCCAGGCUCGCCUCCACCUCCGGCGCCGCCGCCGCCGCCGCCGGUAGCGGCAGCGGCGGCCGAGACUCGGCCGACCCAGAAGCAAAACGUUUGAAGAAGAUGACAUCAAAUGAAAGUAAUGAUAAAAUAAGGACAGAAUCUGAAACAAAUUCAGGGAAUGCUAGCAAGUCCAUUGAUAAAAAACCUGCACCUCAAGAGCCACCGAAACAAGACUACAUACAUGUGAGGGCUAGGAGAGGUCAAGCAACGGACAGUCAUAGCCUUGCAGAAAGAGCACGGCGAAAGAAAAUAAGUGAACGGAUGAAAGUUCUUCAAGAUCUUGUCCCUGGAUGCAAUAAGGUUAUCGGGAAAGCAUCAGUCCUUGAUGAGAUAAUAAAUUAUAUCCAGUCUUUACAGUGUCAAGUGGAGUUUUUAUCCAUGAAGCUUGAGGCGGUUAAUGCCCAUAUGAACAAUGCAACUGUAUCUUUUCCAUCUAAAGAUUUUGGUGCUCCAGCUCCACCAUAUAAUACAGCUUCUGGUCUGACAUUCGAUCCACAAACACCAAGGGAAUACCCUCAGGCCUUGACAUCGGAUUGGCUUCACAUGCAGAUUGGCGGUGCAUAUGAAAGAGUGACAUGAAUAAAACAAGGAAAUUGACAAAACAAAAUUUCUUGUCGUAGCUAAUAAAUAGUGCAGGGGUCAAUCAAUGUCCACGGUGCUAGGUUUCAUUCAUUUUCCUGGUUAUCAUGUCGCCAAAGUUCUUUUUUCCCCCUAAUUUGGGGGCAUAGUGCUGUAGAUGCAUUCCACGUUCGUCUGGGAGCAAGUCUGUCUUUCAUUACUUCCAUCUGCUUCUGUGUACGGAUUUUGCGACAAUUCAUAUAUGAUGUAUCCCAGGAAACUUAUGUAGCUCAGAUUGGUACAAGAAAAGAUGGAAAUUCUGCUGUAUCGCUUUGUA